AUGUCGCUAAUGAAGAAGCAAGCUGGCUCCUCGGGAACAACACCAACAAAUGUUCAGUUUAGAUUUACAAUUGAAAAUCAAGUUGAAAGUCCGAUAAAUACUCGACAAAGGUUUUCAGAAGGUACAAGCACAUAUACGCUCCACCAAGCACCAUCACCUAAUAUCGAUUUCACAAAUUAUUUUGAAUCUGGAAGGACAUCAGAAAGACCGGGACGUGGAGGUCCAUUCAAUAUUUGCGGAAAUACAGAAGAAUCUAAUGAAAGGCAUCAAAGUGAUUCAGGAAACGAAGACUAG